GAUUGAAAAAUCAAUUGAGAAAAAAAAACUAUCGUGCCAAUAUUCGCCGUUUCCUCCAGCCAUACCUGAGUACAAUAAUAGAUUUGGCUGGAACCUACAACCUGAUUAAAUAAAUAGUAUUGUCUGUCUCUGAGUGCACCGUCUAAGUGGCAGCCAAUUAUAUCUUAAUUCGUCGCAAGCAAAGAAGCAUGGAAGGACAACAGUUUUGUUUACGGUGGCAUAAUUUUCAAAAUACUCUAUUGAGUUCUUUGCCAAAGUUACUGGAUGGUGGGCAUUUAACAGAUGUUACUUUAAGUGCAGGAGGAAGACACAUUCAUGCUCAUAAAAUUAUACUUUCUGCUUGUAGUUAUUAUUUCAAAGAAUUAUUUAAGGACUUAAGCUCUUUACAGCAUCCAGUCAUCAUAUUACCAGGCAUGGAAUAUGGAAAUUUGUGUGCAUUAGUUACAUUUAUGUACAGUGGAGAAGUAAAUAUUUAUCAAGAGCAAUUACCUGCACUUUUAGCUAUGGCAAAUACUUUGCAUAUUCGUGGCUUAGCUGAUAUUGGUGGGAAAAAUCCAAGGCAUGAUAAUGGCUUAUGUGUUCAAUCUCCUGUGACGACUCAACCUCAAGAGAAAACAUUAAUUGAAGAAACGAUAAAGAAAGAAACUAAAGACUGCGUGACUGGAACAGAAUCAAUAGAAUCACUAUCAAUGCCUGAAGUUGCGCCUAAUUUAGAAGAAGAAUCUUAUAACGAACAAGAAAGUAUACCAUAUUGUGUAAAGACGACACCGUACUAUUCGAUAAAUGCAAAAUUAAAUCAGAGAGAAAAGGUACCUGGUCUUAUUAAUGCGUCAUCCAACAAAUACAUAGAGAAAGGAUAUACAGAUAAUGCAAUGGAUGAAACUGCUUCAGUAUCAGAAGAUAUGAACACAGUGCGAACAGACGUAAAACCACCUAUUUGGGAUUCAAACUUCAAAUUUCUUGGGUCAUCUGCAUCUAAUAGAACUUCACAUAUUUAUAAUAAAUCUAGUGUUACAUGUCACGUUUGUGGUAAACAAUUAAGUAAUCAAUACAAUUUACGAGUGCACAUGGAAACUCACAGUAACAGCUCAUACAGUUGCACAGCAUGCUCACACGUCUCACGGUCACGGGAUGCUUUAAGAAAACAUAUUUCGUAUAGACAUCCAGUAGCUACACCCCAAAAACGUUCACGGUACAACACUUCAAAACAAUAGAUUGUUAUCUCUUCACCAGAGACACCGAAUAAUAUACAUUUCCAUCUUAGAGGGGAAUUAUUUGUAAGUAUAGACCAAUUUGAGAAUGUUUUAUUAGUAAUAUUUUGAAAAUAAAUGAUAAAUUGUUAUCAUUUUUGUAGUAGUUAUGAUCUCUGCUUCAGGUUAAUGAAAGACAUUAAAUGUAUAAAAUAUAAAUAAUAUAGUUUUUCUCUCGUUAUAUCUGCAAUUUUACAGAUAAAGUGAAAUGUGUUCAGUCUAAUACAGAUUCCCCCGUUUUUAAAUUGUUAUUGUUGUCUUGUUACCGUUACCAUUUUAAUAAAGGAGAACAUUAUCAAUUAAUUUUAAUGCUUUUUUUUCUUUAUGAAAUUCAAACUCGUCUAGAAAUUGUACAAAGCUUGUAACAAAACGUUUAUACGUAUGCAUAUAAGAAAAUUGUUGAGAUAUAAUAUUUAGAUAUAUUAUCUAUAAUUAAUAAUAGUUUUAAGAAAAGAAAGUUUUUAUAUAAUACUCAUAUCUGGAUUAAAGAACUUUAAACGAGGAUUAAUUAUCUCAUUAGAUAGAAAUAAAUCACAUAAUAUACUCAUUUCCCGUGUUGUAUAUCAAGAAUCGUAUUUAAAAAUAAUAUACAUUAUGUUCAAGCUACUAAUUAAAUAAAUAAAAUACAUCCAAAGCUCAGCUUUUUCAAAAAACUUGUAUAAUACUUUAAAAAGAUAUUUAAAUUUUUUCUAUACGCCAUAUUUUAGUAUUACAGUCCUGACCAACUGAUAUCAAAGUUUCUUCAUCCAACCAAACUAAACGUGUAAUUUGACUUUGCGGAUGAGCAUCUGAAAAAUAAUAAGCUUCUUAAUUGCUUUUCUUCAAUUUAUAUGUACAUAAUUUGUUCAUGCUUUAAUUGCACAGAGUUGUUAGACGAUCUAAUUAAAUAGAUUUACUUUUUAUAAUCGUAUGCUUGGCUGGAUUGGAUACGCUCCAAAUAAUAAUUGUAGUGUCUAAACUUCCACUAGCAACCAUUUCCGAAUCACGUGACCAUGCAACACAAUUUACUCUUGCAUUAUGGAAACCCCAUUCUCUAUUGUGAGCAGGCUAUAAAAAUAAUACAAUGGCAAAUAAUCAAAUAUUUCGGGUUAUAAAUAAAUCUAAUGAAAUGUAAUAUACCUUAUACUCUGGAACAGCAUAAAGGACAACUUUUCGAUUUGCGUCACAGGCUACUAAAUAUUUAUUGUCAGGACUGUAUGCAACAUCAGUAACCGGACCUAAAUGUACUACUUCAGUCUUUUGAGUUAAUGUUGUUCCUACUAAUCCAUAAAUAUAAACCUGUAAAUCAGACCAAUAUAAAUUAUAUAACUUCUGCGUAUAUUGCAUCUAUAUUAUACAAGAUUCGGUCAUAUAUUGUGAAGUAACUAUUUUUAUAUUUACACACACACACACACACACACACAUAUAUAUAUACAUAUAUGUACGUAUACAUUUUGAACUAACUUUAUUGUCUGAUGCCGAUCCUAUAGCUACGUCCGCGUUAUCUUGAUUAAUUGACACACAUGACGGCUCAUAUUCGGUCGGUGUACUUGAAACUUUUCGACCAUCUUGUGUAACUAUUACCUAGGAAAAAAAAAAAAAAAAA